AGUUCAUCCGUUUUGUUUGUCUACUGUCUCACUGGUGGCUAUAAAGGGGCAGUGUGCAGUGGUACAACGCACUGUGAGUCUACAAUCACAGGGAGAAGGUACAGUAAAACAUUGCUGUUGAGUGUGUGUGUGUGUGUGUGUGUGGUUUGGGGGGGAAGUAAGGGGACGUGGAUAAGCCUUUGAGUGUAUCGAUAUCAUGUUUUCUACCGUUGCUCUCAUCUCUAGAAUGAAGUCCCUCCUGCUCCUUCUACUGGUGGCUGUUACUGUCUCAUCUGUGGUGUCUAAACCCCUUCCGGAAGACUCUGAAGCAGAGGUGCACAAGGAGUUUGAGACAUGGAAAGUUAAAUAUGGUAAAACUGAUUCAGUACUAAUAUUUCACCAAUGGAUAUUUACACUGAGUGUACAAAACAUUAAGAAUGCCUUCUCUUUCCAUGACAUAGACUGACCAGGUGAGUCCAGGUAAAAGCUAUGAUCCCUUAUUGAACCAUUCAUUGUUAAAUCCACUUCAAUCAGUGUAGAUGAAGGGGAGGAGACAGGUUAAAGAAGGAUUUUUAGGCCUUGAGACAAUUGAGACAUGGAUUCUGUAUGUGUGCCAUUCAGAGGGUGAAUGGGCAAGACAAAAGAUUGAAGUGCCUUUGAACGGGGUAUGGUAGUAGGUGCCAGGCGCACCGGUUUGUGUCAAGAACUGCAACACUGCUGGAUUUUUCACGCUCAACAGUUUCCCAUAUGUAUCAAGAAUGUUCCACCACCCAAAGGACAUCCAGCCAACUUGACAACUGUUGGAAGCAUUGAAGUCAACAUGGGCCAGCAUCCCCGUGGAAUGCUUUCGACACCUUAUAGAGUCCAUGCCCCAACGAAUUGAGGCUGUUCUGAGGGCAAAAGGGGGGGUGCAACUCAAUAUUAGGAAGGUGUUCCUAAUGUUUGGUAUACUUUGUGUAUAACUGUAUUGACAAUGAAUGAGUUGUCAACAUUUUAACACAGAAAGCUAAAUUUAGAGUACAUUUGCAGGGAAGAGCUAUCCGUCUACAGAGGAGGAAGCCAAACGUAAGGAGAUGUGGUUAGCAACGAGGAAGAGGGUGAUGGAACACAACAUGAGAGCAGGAAAUGGAUUAGAGAGCUACACCAUGGCGGUCAAUCACUUUGCUGACUUGGUAUGGUUCAAUAUUUACUGGUAAAUUAUUAACUUUAAAUGUAGUUAGUUUAGAAACUCUAGCUCAGCCAGUGGCUUUACAAUAACAUUCAAAAUCAGGUUUAGGCAUAUAUUUUUAGUUUUAAAUUAUUUAUAUCUAUUGUAGUUUGUUACUAAUAUGAUAUUUUCUUAGCAGCCCCUGUUGAGUCUCUGUGUCUUUGCUUCCUCUCACAGACUACUGAGGAGGUUCCUAAAGGACUUUUGCCCAUGGUAAGGUGCCACAGUCAAUACAAUGCAUUGCCCUAUAUGGUUAAUAAUAAUAAUUGUAUGAUGAAGAACUCUGUCUUGUGUCUCAGCCUCGACCUGAGGAAGAAGAGGUGGACAAAGAGUUUGAGAUGUGGAAAACUCACCAUGGUAAAACUGGUUCAAUACUAACUGAAUUCACAGGAGGUUGGUGGCACCUUAAUUGGGGAGGACAGGCUCGUCGGUAAUGACUGGAGCGGAUUAUGUGAAAUGGUAAUAAAUACAUCAACACAUGGUUUCCAUGGUUUCCGUGGUUUCCAGGUGUUUGAUGCCAUUCCAUUUAUUAUGAGCCGUCCUCCCCUCAGCAGCCUCCUGUGACUGAAUGAGGCUUUAUUUUAAGGCAGUGGCCGUGUCUGAAUACCCAUAAUAGCGUACUACAUACUUAAACUGCAUACUCAUUUCAGCGUUUGAUCUAGUAGAAUUCACUCGUCUUUUCUGACUCACGUAUUUGACAACAGCUGAUAAACAGAUAAAUUGACGCGCUGUACCAAAAUGAACGAAUGGCGGGAGUCGACGCAAUUGGGCAUUAGGUGACAUAUUCAGAGUACUAUUUUUCUAAAUGUCACAUACUAUAAAACAGUCUUUUUUCGCAUACUAUUUAGUACGCUAGUAUGGUUAUUUGGACACAACCACUCUUUCCACUGGUAGUAGCAUGGUGACCCCUAAAUAAUUAAAGGAAAUAAGCUUUUAAAAUGAAGUGUGGUGUUAUCCAAGUAUUGGUGAAUGCAGGUGCUAAUAUUUACUAAAUGGACAUGUUUGUAGGUAAGACGUAUAACUCCACCAAGGAGGAAGCUAAGCGUAAGGAGAUCUGGCUAGCUACUAGGAGAAGAGUGAUGGAACACAACAAGAGAGCAGAGAAUGGCUCAGAGAGCUUCACCACAGGGAUGAAUUACUUCUCUGACAUGGUAAGGUGGUGCCAUUAUUUAUUGUCAAAUAAUUAUCAAAUUAAUCAGAAUUAAUUAAAGUCUGUUGAAUAUUCUGCUACAAACAGCUUGUCUAAUAUUUUAUAGUCUCAUUUUUGAGUCUCUGUCUUUUUUACACCCCAGACUUUUGAGGAGGUUCCUAGAGGAGGCCUUAUGGUUGUGUCUAAGCCUCGAGAUGGAGAGGAGGAAGCAGAGGUGGAUAAAGAGUUUGAAACGUGGAAGGUUCAACACGGUAAAACUGGUUCAGUACUCACUGAAAGAAACAAAACUAGUCACCAGUGGUAGUUGACUAAAACAGUAUGAACAAUACAGACGUUAUGUCUCAAUGUUAUCUGAACAUUUGCAGGGAAGAGCUAUGGUUCCACCGAGGAGGAAGCCAAGCGUAAGGAGAUCUGGCUAGCUACUAGGACAAGAGUGAUGGAACACAACAAGAAAGCAGAGAAUGACACAAAGAGCUUCACCAUGGGGAUGAAUUACUUCUCUGACAUGGUAUGAUGUAGCCUGGUCAGUGGGCGCUAUGGAUCUCCACUAUUGUCUGGGCUUGAUGUGCCCAACGACUGGUCCGUACAUAAAACAUUCAAAGGCUUCGAUUUCCUCCUUAUCUCGAUUUAAAUGCGAGAAGGCAAAACAUUUUGGGGAAAAUAUGAGUACUUUCUUUAUGAAACACCAUUUUCCACCACCAUGCUAGUGGCUAAUGUUACGUCCUGAUUACGUCCUGAUGUUGCACCCCGCGUUCAUCCAGGGGUAAACAACGGACUGUUGCAACCUGAUUGGGUGAACACGAUACGCAACAUCCGGGACUAGCAUUCCUAGGCAUUAACCACUAGCAUGGUGGUGGAAAAUGGUGUUUCAUAAAGAAAGUACGUAUAUUUCCCCCCAGGAGGAAAUCGAAGCAUUUACAGCCUGAAUUGAGCAUGUUUUAUGUACGAACCGGUCGCCGGGAGACACGAGUAUAUUACCGUCUGGGCACAUCCAAUCCAGACGAUAGUGGAGAUCCAUCGUGCCCACUAGCAUUAUGGAUCUCCAGCUAAUAUUUACUGUCAACUUAUUCUCAAAUUAGACAGAAAAAAGGCAGUUCAGUUCAGCUAAAGUGAACAGUUUGCUGUCUUAUUUUGGACAGAAUCACGUUAUUGGAAACAUGCUGUUCUGAGGGCAGACCUGGUUGUGGCUAGAUACACUACAUGGUCAAAAGUAUGUGGACACCCCGUCAAAUGAGUGGAUUCGACUAUUUUAGCUACACCUGUUGCUGACAUGUGUAUAUAAUCGAGCACACAGCCAUGCAAUCUCCAUAGACAAACAUUGGCAGUAGAAUGGCUGAAGAGCUCUGUGACUUUCAACAUGGCACCGUCAUAGGAUGAUACCUUUCCAACAAGUCAUUUCGUAACAUUUCUACCCUGCUAGAGCUGCCCCGGUCAACUGUAAGUGCUGUUAUUGUAAAGUGAAAACAACAACGGCUCAGCCCGGAAGUGAUAGGCCACACAAGCUCACAGAAUGGGACUGCCGAGUGCUGAAGCACCGAGCGUGUAAAAAUCGUCUGUCCUCGAUUGCAACACACACUACCAAGUUCCAAACUGCCUCUGGAAGCAACGUCAGUCAGAACUAUUCAUCGGGAGCUUCAUGAAAUGGGUUUCCAUGGCCGAGCAGCUGCACACAAGCCUAAGAUCACCAUGUGCAAUGCCAAGCGUCGAUUGGAGUGGUGUAAAGCUCACCGCCAUUGGACUCUGGAGCAGUGGAAACGUGUUCUCUGGAGUGAUGAAUCACACUUCACCAUCUAGCAGUCCGAUGGACUAAUCUGGGUUUGGUGGAUGCCACGAGAACGCUACCUGCCCCAAUGCAUAGUGCCAACUGUAAAGUUUGGUGGAGGAGGAAUAAUGGUCUGGGGCUGUUUUUCAUGGUUUGGGCUAGGCCCCUUAGUGAAGGGAAAUCUUAACACUACAGCAUACAAUGACAUUCUAGACGAUUCUGUGCUUCCAACUUUGUGGCAACAAUUUGGGGAAGACCUUUUCCUGUUUCAGCAUGACAAUGCCCCCGUGUGGAAGAACUUGACUGGCUUGCACACAGCCCUGACCUUAACCCCAUUGAACACCUUUGGGAUUAAUUGGAACGCCGACUGCGAGCCAGGCCUAAUCGCCCAACAUCAGUGCCCGACCACACUGAUGCUCUUGUGGCUAAAUGGAAGCAAGUCCCACAGGCAAUGUUCCAACAUCUAUUGGAAAGCCUUCCCAGAAGAGUGAAGGAUGUUAUAGCAGCUAAGUGGGGUACAACUCCAUAUUAAUGCCAUGAUUUUGGAAUGAGAUGUUCGACGAGCAGGUGUCCACAUACUUUUGGUGUAUGUUCGAGUCGCGUCAGGGACAAUUUUAACGUUUUAGCUAACCCUAACCCUUUUCCUAACCUUAAUCUAAUUAUCCUAACCUGCUACUUUAAUUAUCCUAACCUGUUGUGAAAGUUUUCCUAAACUGUUAUGGAAAGUCGUUUCCGCUUUAAUGUAACUUCUGCUUAUUUUUGAGUCUGUCUUUUUUUGUGUUUUUUUUCAGGCUACUGAGGAGGUUCCUAAAGGUCUUUUUUCCAUGGUUUUGUUUUCUCCAGCUGGAGAGGAUGAAUCCGAGCUGGACAAAGAGUUUGAGGCGUGGAAAAUUAAACAUGGUAAAAGUGGUUCAACACUGAAAAAGACCAAAAUGAUAUUUUCUCAGAUGACAUACAGAGCCAUUUAAAGAGUCACCAGUGGGGGUUAAACCAGUACUACCAAUGUAGACGCUGUCUGAAUGUUACCUGAAAAUUUGCAGGGAAGAGCUACGAGUCCCCCGAAGAGGAAGCCAAGCGUAGGGAGAUCUGGUUAGCUACUAGGACGAGAGUGAUGGAACACAACAAACGGGCAGAGACUGGCUUGGAGAGCUACACCAUGGGGAUGAAUCAUCUUUCUGACAGGGUAUGAUCACUGUCAGGAAGAGGCCUACUAUACAAAAACGUUUAACUUGGGGGUUGCUUUUUGGAUACUAAUGAUAUGUUUCUUAUACUUACUUGAUACUAUGCAUGUUGCUUCCUUUCACAGACUACUGAGGAGGUUACAGGACGCAGGGUAGGGUGACGCACUUAUUGCUAUGCACUGCACUUAUAAGGUUCAUGAACAUAUGAAUCAAUCAUUUGUGGUGGUAAUUGUAUGAUCAAGAACUCUUAUUCCUCAGCCUCAAGAUGGGGAGGAAGCCGAGGUGCACAAGGAGUUUGAAACAUGGAAAGUUCAAUAUGGUAAAACUGAUUCAACACUAACUGAAAUAGAUAUUUCCUGUAUACAUUAAGUCAAACUCAUUAAACAAGUUGACUUUUUUCAUGCUUGCAGGAAAGACCUAUCCGUCCACCGAGGAGGAAGCUAAGCGCAAGGAGAUUUGGCUAGCUACUAGGAAGAUUGUGAUGGAACACAACAAGAGAGCAGAGAAUGGCCUGGAGAGCUACACCUUGGCAGUCAAUCACUUUGCUGACUUGGUAUGGUGUUAUUAUUAAUUGUGAAAUUCAGAUUAGUCUGAAAGAAAUCAGGGUUGUUAUUUCUAGUUAUAUAUUACUAUGUUGAUAUACGUUAUAAGUUGAUAUAAGAUUUGUCAAACAAGUCUAAAGUUGUUUGUCGUCUUUUUACUUCCAGACUAAUGACGAAGUUCCUAGAGGACUUCUUCCCAUGGUAAGGUACCAGCGUUUCAAGAUUUAAUGUGUUCAAUGCUACAAUGUAAUUUAACUGAAAAUACAGCACCAGUCAAAAGUUUGGACACACCUACUCAUUCAAGGGGUUUUCUUUAUUUGUACUAUUUUCUACAUUGUAGAAUAAUAGUGAAGACAUUAAAACAAUGAAAUAACACAUAUGGAAUCAUGUAGUAACCAAAAAAGUGUUAAACAAAUCAAAAUAUAUUUUAUAUUUGAGAUUCUUCAAAGUAGCCACCCUUUGCCUUGAUGCCGGCUUUGCACACUCUUGGCAUUCUCUCAACCAGCUUCAUCUGGAAUAUUUUUCCAAUUGUGGAGGACAGGUCAUCUGAUGCAGCACUCCAUCUGUAAGGGUUGGUGUGAGGUGUGUAGGAUAGACAGUAGACAGUAGGCAAGGAUGGUGAAACAAGGAUCUUUACUGGUGGUCCAAAAGCCAGGUUACAAAACAACGGACUAUACACGAAAACAAAUGAGGAGCACAUAGGUCUCCAAAAAACAGUCUGACAACAAACAAUACGAAAUACUAACUCUGACUGGAAAAACACAAUGACACAGGGAGAACACUUCUCGAGUACCUGUAACUCCGUCACGUGAUCCGACACUGAUACGUCCUGCUUGACAUCAAGGAACUAGCAGAGAAAACUGAGCAAGGGAACACAGGGAAGUGAGGGCAUAAAUACACAGGUGAAUCAGAUAGCCACAGGUGACACCAAUAGGCAGAUAAUUAGUCCCGACUGUGCUUGAGGAGGUGCCUAUGGUUGUCGGAGGAUGACACGUAGUGGGUCGCUCCGGAACUGCGACCCACUCCUGUAACAUCCAUCACUCUCCUUCUUGGUCAAAUAGCCCUUACACAGCCUGGAGGUGUGUUGGGUCAUUGUCCUGUUGAAAAACAAAUGAUGGUCCCACUAAACGCAAACCUGAUGGGAUGGCGUAUCGUUGCAGAAUGGCGGGCGAAGAUGAACUACGACGUCCGCAGACUUUGUUAGAGACAGGUUUGCACUUUCCACAUACCUUGAGAAGUAGUCCACCACUAACAAGUAGGUGGUGCUUUUCAGAGUGAACAAGUCAGCUCCUAAUCUUUGCCAGGGUCUCUCAGGAAGUUGUGAUGGUGUGAGUGGUUCUGUGUGGUUUGUGCGCUCGUUGAUGCAUGUCCUGCAGUUAAGCACAAGUUUGUUCAGUUGCUGGCUGAGUCCAGGCCACCACACAGCCUGUUGUGCCCGUUCUCUGUACUUGACCACACCUUGAUGACCCUCGUGCAGCUUAGAGAGGACAUCAUUUCGUAAGGCUGAUGGAAUGACAAGUUUUGUUCCUUUCAACAGAAGACCGUCGUGCACUGUGAGAAAAGCGCAUUCUGCCCAGUACAGUUUCAGUGGUCCUUUGCAUCCGCUGAACUCAGACCAUCCUUCCUGACACAUUGUCAUGACUUUUGAGCACACACUGUCGGCUUUGAGCAAUCGUGUAGGAGUAUCUCAUAAGUCUCAUCCUGAAGCGUUGGAUUCGUGGGGGAAGGGUGUCCAAGGGUUGGUUCCCCAGAAGGCUCAGGAGUGGUUUGUGAUCAGUUUCAAGCUGAAAGUGUUGACCAAUGAGAAAGUCUCUGAAUCUGUCACAUGCCCAUGUCAGCCCGAAAGCUUCUUUUUCCACUUGAGCGUAUCUCUGCUCUGUUGGUGUGAGAGACCGGGAAGCGUAGGCAACAGGUCUCCAUUCCUCGCUCUUCUUCUGCAGCAGCACUCCUCCUAGUCCGUAGGAAGACGCAUCGGCUGACACCUUAAUCUCUUUGUUUGGGUCGUACAGGGCUAGCACGGGUGUGGAUGUCAGCUCCUCCUUCAGCUCUUUGAAGGCUCUGACUUGGUCAGCCCCCCAGUACCAAUGGUUUUUCUUUGAGAGUAGGUCUCUGAGAGGUUUGUCCUUUUCUGCUAACUGAGGGAUGAACUUUUCCAGUUGGUUCACCAUUCCUAGAAAACUCUGUAGCUCGCUGACGUUGGAUGGCUCCGCCAUUUCCUUGACAGCCUCCAUCUUUGUCGGGUCAGGCUGUACUUCUUUGUCCAAGAUAAUGUGGCCCAUGAACUUCACUUCCUCCUUCGACAGGUCACAUUUGUCCAUGUUCAGAGUUAAGCCGGCUUUUUCUAUCUUCUGCAAUGCGGCAUGAAGUCUUGCAUCAUGCUCCUCCUGAGUUUGUCUCCAGACCAACACAUCAUCCAUGUGACAGACCACACCUUCCAGGCCUUCAGUGACCUCUGUCACCAUUCUGUUCUGGAUGUGUUCAGGUGCUGAAGCGAUGCCAAAAGGCAGACGGUUUAAGUAGUAACGUCUGAAAGGUGUGAUGAAGGUUGUUAGCUUAACUGACUCCUCGGCUAGCGGGAUCUGCCAGAAGGGAUCUGCCCAUGUCCGCGUUGAGCUUGCUGAAGAUCUUUGCCCUGGCUAGUGAGCCAAGGGUCUGUUCGACAGUGGGAAGUAUGUAUUUUUCUCUACACACUGACUCAUUGAGACUGGUGAAAUCGACACAUAUCCGCACGUCCCCGUUCUUCUUUGGGACAACCACCAUGCCGGCGCACCAGUCCAUGUGGUCCUCCACUCUGGUGACAACCUUGAACCCUUGCAUGUGCUCUAGCUCUUUCUUGACUUUUGGCAGUAAUGUCAGAGGAAUCCGUCGUGGAGUAUGAAGUGAGUAUGGUUGUUGUACUGUGCCAAGACCGCUGCACAGCUUUGGAUAGCUUUCUUUCAGUGUCUGUAAAUCAAUGCUGUCGAGUCGAGCAACUAGCUCAAGCUUUGUGAUAGCUGGUCUGCCUAGUAAAGAUCUGUGUAGAUCUCUGAUGACAUACACGUCCUCCAGUGUUUCCUUUUCUCCUUUUCGUAGAACCACACUUGCGAUGCCGAUCACGUCCAGCGGUGCUCUUCCUGGUCCUAGCAGAGGUUUAGUUGUUUUUUGCAGAGCUGGCUUGCUGGUUCCUGCAAAAAUGUGAUUGAACACAUUGUCUGGGAUAACAGUCACAUUGGCACCAGUGUUUAUUUUGAAUUUCACAUUUCUCUCCAUCACAUGAAUGUCAAUCAUCCAUGGGUCACCUCUUGCUGUUAUUGUUCCUAGGAAAAUGCUACCAUCCUCUUCUUGAACCUCGUUUACGGUUCUUGACUUGGUAUUUAACCAAAUAGGGCUAUCUUCUGUAUACCGCCCCUACCUUGUCACAACACAACUGAUUGGCUCAAACACAUUAAGAAGGAAAUAAAUUCCACAAUUUAACUUUUAACAAGGCACACCUGUUAAUUGAAAUGCAUUCCAGGUGACUACCUCAUGAAGCUUGUUGAGAGAAUGCCAAGAGUGUGCAAAGCUGUCAUCAAGGCAAAAGGUGGCUACUUUGAAGAAUCUCAAAUAUCAAAUAUAUUUUGAUUUGUUUAACACGUUUUUGGUUACUACAUGAUUCCAUAUGUGUUUUUUCAUAGUUUUGAUGUCUUCACUAUUAUUCUACAAUGUAGAAAAUUGUAAAAAUAAAGAAAAACCUUGGAAUGAGUAGGUGUGUCCAAACCUUUGACUGGUAGUGUACAGUGAUGAAAAGGUUGUGUUAACCUGUUUCUCUUUCCCAUUCAUCCUCCUGCCCCUGACCACUCAUCUCAUCACAGGGUAUGCUUCCAUUCACAUUAGUCACUAACACUGCACUCACUACACUCUUUUUCACAAACCUUGACUACAAUGACCAUAGUCUUAAAAAAAUAUUAAGGAACCCUUCACAUUUACUAAUGUUACACUCCUAAUUCACAAAACAAUCAGAUUGACUUCUACCCAACAGGAUGGGACUCUACCCCAGGGGUUAACUAUGUCGGUUUUUCAUUUAUUCACAAGUGUGUAUUUUUUCUAGUUAUGACUCCCAAUCGGCUUGGCGUUCUCGUGCCAAUUUAUUUUGUAUGUUUUCCUGUGGGGUUUGUGGGUUAUUGUUCCGUGUUUCAGUCGUUGUACUGUGGACUUCACGAGUCGUCUUUUGUUUUGUAUUUUACGUGCUUUACUCUUAUUAAAGUCAUGUUCGUUCAACGCGCUGCGCUUUGGUCUCCUUCACUCCUAGACGAUCGUGACAGAAUAACCCACCAAAGAAAGACCAAGCAGCGCGUCCAGGAGCAACAGGAUCCACCUACACAGGAUUUAUAUCCACCCAUAAAGGAUUCAUGGACAUGGGAGGAGAUUCUGGAUGGUAAGGGACCUUGGGCACAACCGGGAGAAUAUCGCCGUCCUCGGGAAGAGCUGGAGGCAGCUAAAGCCGAGAGGCGGCGAUAUGAGGAGGCAGCACGGAGGCAAGACUGGAAGCCUGUGGGUACUACCCAAGAAUUUCUUGGGGGGGGGCUAAGUGGGAGUGUGGCGAAGUCAGGUAGGAGACCUGCGCCUACUCCCUGGACUGACCGUGGAGAGCGAGAGUACGGGCAGACACCGUGUUACGCAGUUGAGCGCAUGGUGUCUCCUGUAUGCAGGCAUAGCCCGGUUCGGUACAGUCCAGCUCCACGUAUCGGCCGGGCCAGAUUGAGUGUUGAGCCGGAUGUCAUGAGGCCGGUCCCACGCAGCAGGUCACCAGUGCGUCUCCUCGGGCCGGCGUACAUGGCACCAGCCUUACGCAUGGUGUUCCCGGUUCGCCCACAUAGGCCGGUGCGGGUUAUUCCACCUCCCCGUACUGGUCGGGCGACGGGGAGCAUCAACCCAGGUAAGGUUGGCAGGCUCAGUGCUCAAGGGAGCCAGUACGCCUGCACGGGCCGGUAUUUCCGGCGCCACCUCCUCGCUCCAGCCCAGUACCACCAGUACCUACACCACGCACCAGGUUUCCUGUGCGUCUUCAGAGUCCUGUGCGUCCUGUUGUUUGCUUCCCGCACUAGCCCUGAGAUGCGUGUCCUCAGCCCGGUACCUCCUGUUCCGGCACCACGCACCAGGCCUACGAUGCGCCUCAGACGGCCAGAGUCGGCCGUCUGCCCAACGGGGCCUGAACUGUCCGUCUGCCCAACGCCGUCUGAACGGCCCGUCUGCCCAACGGCGCUGAACUGUCCGUCUGCCCAACGCCGUCUGAACUGCCCGUCUGCCCAACGGCGCCUGAACUGCCCGUCUGCCCAACGCCGUCUGAACUGUCCGUCUGCCCAACGCCGUCUGAACUGCCCGUCUGUACUGAGCCUGCAAAGCCGCCCGUCUGCCAUGAGCCUUCAGAGCCGUCCGACAGACCGGAGCCGCUAGAGCUCUCCGCCAGACAGGAUCAGCCAGAGCCUUCCGCCAGACCGGAUCAGCCAGAGCCUUCCGCCAGACAGGAUCAGCCAGAGCCUUCGGCCAGACAGGAUCAGCCAGAGCCUUCGGCCAGACAGGAUCAGCCAGAGCCUUCGGCCAGACAGGAUCAGCCAGAGCCUUCCGCCAGACCGGAUCAGCCAGAGCCUUCCGCCAGACCGGAUCAGCCAGAGCCUUCGGCCAGACCGGAUCAGCCAGAUCCGUCGGCCAGACCGGAUCAGCCAGAUCCGUCAGCCAGCCAUGAGCAGCCAGAUCCGUCAGCCAGCCAUGAGCAGCCAGAUCCGUCAGCCAGCCAUGAGCAGCCAGAUCCUUCAGCCAGCCAUGAGCCGUUCAGCCAGGAUCCGCCAGAGCCGUCCAGCCAGGAUCCGCCAGAGCCAACCAGCCAGGAUCCGCCAUUGAGUCAGGUGCUGCCCCUUAGUCCGGUGCUGCCCCUUAGUCCGGUGCUGCCCCUUAGUCCGGUGCUGCCCCUUAGUCCGGUGCUGCCCUUAGUCCGGUGCUGCCCCUUAGUCCGGUGCUGCCCCUUAGUCCGGUGCUGCCCUUAGUCCGGUGCUGCCUCUUAGUCCGGUGCUGCCCCUUAAACCGGUGGGGGUCAUUUGGAGGAACCUACGUAAGCGGGUAGUGACUAUGGUGGGGUGGUGGUCUAGGCCGGAGCCAGAACCGCCACCGAGGAGGUAUGCCCGCCCAGCCCUCCCCUGUUUGGGGGUUUUGAGGCGCGGUCGCAGUCGCGCCUUUAGGGGGGGGUACUGUCACACCCUGGUUCUGGGACUCAUUAUGUUGAGCCAGGGUGUGUGCAGUCUAUGUGGUUUUGUUCUAUGUUGGGUGUCAAAGUGUUGUAUUUCUAGGUUUGGUCAAUGACUCCCAUCGGAGGUAACGAGUGUCAGCUGUCGGCUCGUUAUCUCUGAUUGGGAGCCAUAUUUAUUUCUGUAUGUUUUCCUGUGGGGUUUGUGGGUUAUUGUUCCGUGUUUCAGUCGUUGUCUGUGGACUUCACGAGUCGUCUUUUGUUUUGUAUUUUACGUGCUUUACUCUUAUUAAAGUCAUGUUCGUUCAACGCGCUGCGCUUUGGUCUCCUUCACUCCUAGACGAUCGUGACACAGAUAUUGAUUGACUGUUUAUUUCCUCCAACAGGAUGAAAAAGACUGGACCCCAUGAGGAAUUAACUAUUCCGUAAUUUACAAUAAAUAUAAACACUACACUUUAAAUUCUUGUGUCCAUUUUUUCCUUUAUUUUAUACCAGCCAAUAUGGCAGGGUUCCCCAACUGGCGUUCCGCGUGCCGAAUUUGGCCCGUGGGUGGUUUUAUUUGGCCCCCAAAGUAAAAAAAAAAAAAAUAUAAUAUUUAUAUCAUUAUUUACAUUUGUUACGUUGCAGCCUUAUGUCGCACACGCAGAUAAAUAAAAACUUAGUAAUGUCUGCUCGACCAAUUUACAACCAAAUAAUUGCAGCUUACCGCAAAAUGGAAGAGGAAAGUGAAGGGGAGAAAGUAGGAACUUGUCUGCGCCUUGCAUUAAGAACUUAUGGUUAAAGAAAAUUGUGAUAAUAAAAAGUAUACAUUUCUUAAGGACCAAGGAUUGACAGCUCCCAUAUGAUUGCAAAUAGUUGGGAAGAGAUUUUUGACGUACCGAUUCCAUGCCAUAGUGUUUAUGAACUGAUACGCAAAACGACACCAGAUUCAAAACUUAGAAUUUUUCAAUUUAAAUUAUUAUAUACAAUUCUUGCUACCAAUAUAAUGUUAUUUAUAUGGGGGAUACAAUCUUCCCAGCUCUGCAGGUUUUGCAGCGAAGAGACAGAGUCAUUAGAUCAUUUGUUUUGGUACUGUCCAUUUGUAGCUUGUUUUUGGACACAGGUCCAGGAAUAAAGGAUUGCAAUAUUUACCUGGAGCUAACCCUGCAGAUAGCACUACUAGGUGAUCUGAAAAGUCAUAGUCAAUCGAUCAAUAAUAUAAUAAUACUUUUAGCAAAAAUGUAUAUUUUCAAUUUACAAUCUGUAGAAACAAUGAGAAUAGAAAGGUUCAGAACUUUUGAAAAAACAUCACAGUACAGUUGAAAAAUAUAUGGCAAAUAGAAAUCCAAUAUGGAUGGUGUUAAGAGAUAGAUGGGAGGUGUUGAAUGGAGCUGAAGGAUGGGACUAAUAACAACUAACAACAACUAAUAACAACAAGAUGACUAAUGUAAAGCAUACUGUGUCCAUAAUAACUAUAUAGGUUAUAGGUUGAGAGCUUUUGUGAAAGAGCACAGUUAGAAAAAUAUGGCAUAUAGAAGCAAACCAGAUGGACAUCAUGAAAAUGAUCGGAGGAAGUUCAGGAGUAAAAACAAACAAAAUAUAAUUAUUGUAAAAUUUGACUGUGUCCAUAAAAUGUAUAUAGUAUGUAUAAGCUGGAAGUAGAGGCCUAAGCAUUGUUGUUCACUAGUUUACUCCAAUUAGGGAAGGGGUGGUGGGAUUGGAAAGUAAUGAAGGGAAAUAUAAUUUAAAAAAGGCAUCAAUGCUAGUGUAAUGUACAUGUGUUUGUAGCUAAAUAUCUAGUAUAUACUCAUAUUACUGUGUGUUGUGUGUAGUGUCAUUAAUAUGUAUUACUCAUCUUAUAAUUUGGCGAGAAAAAACAACAUAUGGGGGAUUGGAAGUGAUGCAGACAAUUACAAUUGAUGGAAGUUACAAUCUAUCUGCAAUAUUAAAGCUGAUCUAACCCCCUAAAAAAAAAAAAUCUAUUAUGUGCAAGAAACAGCUCAAAUAAGCAAAGAGAAACGACAGUCCAUCAUUACUUUAAGACAUGAUGGUCUGUCAAUCCAGAAAAUGUCAAUGUUUUGUGCAGUCGCAAAAACCAUCAAGCACAAUGAUUAAACUGGCUCACAUGAGGACCGCCACAGGAAAGGAAGACCCAGAGUUACGUCUGCUGCAGAGGAUAAGUUCAUUAAAGUUAACUGCACCUCAGAUUGCAGCGCAAAUAAAUGCUUCACAGACUUCUAGUAACAGACACAUCUCAACAUCCACUGUUCAGAGGUGACUGUGUGAAUCAGGCAUUCAUGGUCAAAUUGCUGCAAAAAAACACUACUAAAGGACACCAAUAAGAAGAAGAGACUUGCUUGGGCCAAGAAACACGAGCAAUGGACAAUAGACCGGUGGAAAUCUGGCCUUUGGUCUGGUGAGUCCAAAUGUGAGAUUUUUGGUUCCAACUGCCGUGUCUUUGUGAGAUGCAGAGUAGGUGAACGGAUGAUCUCUGCAUGUGUGGUUCCCACCGUGAGGCAUGUAGGAGGAGGUGUGAUGGUGUGGGGGUGCUUUGCUGGUGACACUCUCUGUGAUUUAUUUAGAAUUCAAGGCACACUUAACCAGCAUGGCUACCACAUCAUUCUGCAACGAUACGCCAUUCCAUCUGAUUAGUGGGACUAUCAUUUGUUUUUCAACAGGACAAUGACCCAACACACCUCCAGGCUGUGUAAGGGCUAUUUGACCAAAAAGGAGAGUGAUGGAGUGCUGCAUCAGAUGACCUGGCCUCCACAAUCACCCGACCUCAACCCAAUUGAGAUGGUUUGGGAUGAGUUGGACCACAGAGUGAAGGAAAAGCAGGCAACAAGUGCUCAGCAUAUGUGGGAACUUCAAGAUUGUUGGAAAAGCAUUCCAGGUGAAGCUGGUUGAGAGAAUGCCAAGAGUGUGCAAAGCUGCCAUCAAGGCAAAGGAUGGCUACUUUGAAGAAUCUUAAAUAUAAAAUAUAUUUUGAUUUGUUUAACACUUUUUUGGUUACUACAUGAUUCCAUGUGUUAUUUCAUAGUUUUGAUAUCUUCACUAUUAUUCUACAAUGUAGAAAAUAGUAAAAAUAAAGAAAACCCCUUGAAUGAGUAGGUGUGUCCAAACUUUUGACUGGUACUGUACAUAUAUAUAUAUAUAUAUAUAUACAAUUAUAUAUUAUAUAUUAUAUUAUAUUAUAUUAUAAAUUAUAUAUAUAUACACUAACGUUCAAAAGUUUGGGGUCACUUAGAAAUGUCCUUGUUUUCGAAAGAAAAUCAAUUUUUUUGUCCAUUAAAAUAGCAUUAAAUUGAUUAGAAAUACAGUGUAGAUAUUGUUAAUAAUGUAAAUGGCUAUUGUAGCUGGAAACGGCUGAUUUUUAAUGGAAUAUCUACAUAGGUGUACAGAUGCCCAUUAUCAGCAACCAUCAGUCCUGUGUUCCAAUGGCACGUUGUGUUUGCUAAUCCAAGUUUAAGAUUUUAAAAGGCUAAUUGAUCAUUAGAAUACCCUUUUGCAAUUAUGUUAGCACAGCUGAAAACUGUUGUGCUGAUUAAAGAAGCAAUAAAAUUGGCCUUUUUGAGACUAGUUGAGUAUCUGGAGCAUCAGCAAUUGUGGGUUCGAUUACAGGCUCAAAAUGGCCAGAAACAAAUAACUUUCUUCUGAAACGCGUCAGUCUAUUCUUGUUCUGAGAAAUGAAGGCUAUUCCAUGCGAGAAAUUGCCAAGAAACUGAAGAUCUCGUACAAUUCUGUGUACUACUCCCUUUAUAGAACAGCGCAAACUGGCUCUAACCAGAAUAGAAAGAGGAGUUGGAGACCCCUGUACACAACUGAGCAAGAGGACAAAUACAUUAGAGUGUCUAUUUUGAGAAACAGAUGCCUCACAGGUCUUCAACUGGCAGCUUCAUUAAAUAGUACCCGCAAAACAGUUGAAGUCGGAAGUUUACAUACACUUAGGUUGGAGUCAUUAAAACUCGUUUUUCAACCACUCCAGAAAAUUUAUUGUUAACAAACUAUAGUUUUGGCAAGUCAGUUAGGACAUCUACUUUGUGCAUGACACAAGUAAUUUUUCCAACAAUUGUUUACAGACAGAUUAUUUCACUUAUAAUUCACUGUAUCACAAUUCCAGUGGGUCAGCAGUUUACAUACACUAAGUUGACUGUGCCUUUAAACAGCUUGGAAAAUUCCAGAAAAUGAUGUCAUGGCUUUAGAAGCUUCUGAUAGGCUAAUUUACAUCAAUGGAGUCAAUUGGAGGUGUACCUGUGGAUGUAUUUCAAGGCCUACCUUCAAACGCGGUGCCUCUUUGCUUGACAUCAUGGGAAAAUCAAAAGAAAUCAGCCAACACCUCAGAAAAAGAAUUGUAGACCUGCUUCAUCCUUGGGAGCAAUUUCCAAACGUCUGAAGGUACCACAUUCAUCUGUACAAACUAUAGUACGCAAGUAUAAACACCAUGGGACCACGCAGCCGUUAUACCGCACAGGAAGGAGAUGAGUUCUGUCUCUUAGAGAUGAACAUACUUUGGUGCGAAAAGUGCAAAUCAAUCCCAGAACAACAGUAAAGGACCUUGUGAAGAUGCUGGAGGAAACAGGUACAAAAGUAUCAAUAUCCACAGUAAAACGAGUCCUAUAUCGACAUAACCUGAAAGGCCGCUCAGCAAGGAAGAAGCCACUGCUCCAAAACCGACAUAAAAAAGCCAGACUACGGUUUGCAACUGCACAUGGGGACAAAGAUCGUACUUGUUGGAGAAAUUUCCUCUGGUCUGAUGAAACAAAAAUAGAACUGUCUGGCCAUAAUGACCAUCGUUAUGUUUGGAGGAAAAAGGGGGUUGCUUGCAAGCCGAAGAACACCAUCCCAACCGUGAAGCACGGUGAUGGCAGCAUCAUGCUGUGGGGGUGCUUUGCUGCAGGAGGGACUGGUGCACUUCACAAAAUAGAUGGCAUCAUGAGGAAGGAAAAUUAUGUGGAUAUAUUGAAGCAACAUCUCAAGACAUCAGUCAGGAAGUUAAAGCUUGGUCGCAAAUGGGUCUUCCAAAUGGACAACGACCCCAAGCAUACUUCCAAAGUUGUGGCAAAAUGGCUUAAGGACAACAAAGUCAAGGUAUUGGAGUGGCCAUCACGAAGGCCUGACCUCAAUCCUAUAGAACAUUUGUGGGCAGAAUUGAAAAAGCGUGUGCGAGCAAGGAGGCCUACAAACCUGACUCAGUUACACCAUCUCUGUCAGGAGGAAUGGGCCAAAAAUGUGUGGGAAGCUUGUGGAAGGCUUCCCGAAACGUUUGACCCAAGUUAAACAAUUUAAAGGCAAUUCUACCAAAUACUAAUUGAGUGUAUGUAAACUUCUGACCCACUGGGAAUGUGAUGAAAGAAAUAAAAGCUGAAAUAAAUCAUUCUCUCUACUAUUAUUCUGACAUUUCACAUUCUUAAAAUAAAGUGGUGAUCUUAAUUGACCUAAUACAGGGAAUUUUUACUAGGAUUAAAUGUCAGGAAUUGUGAAGAACUGAGUUUAAAUGUAUUUGGCUAAGGUGUAUGUAAACUUCCGACUUCAACGGUUUCACAUCAAAUCACAUGCAGACAUAUCUUAUAUUUGUAAGACAUCCUAUUGACAUGUAAUCCCUAAAGCUAAUGCAAUAUGCCCCAAUCAUGGAGAUCCUUACUGCUUUGAACAUUCAGUUGUCCAAUAGUUAGAGGAUAAAAACUUGAUAUCCACCGCUCACUAAAGACAUGUCAUCUUAGCACGUAAGUAUAGGGCGGCAGGUAGUUUAGUGGGUAAGAGCGUUGUGCCUGUAACCGAAAGGUCGCUGGUUCUAAGCCACGAGCCGACUUAGUGAGAAAUCAGUUGAUGUGCCCUUAAGCAAGGCAUUUAACCCUAAUUGCUCCUGUAAGUCGCUCUGGAUAAGAGCAUCUACUAAAAUGUAAAUGUUAGCACACAAUCAACUCUGACUCAUUCUGAAUCAACUCGGACUCAUACUGCUCAGUGGACAUUCAUUCUUUCUGUUCUCUACGCCACAAGCCUGUCUGCAUCUAAAAAUCCUUUUACUAGGAUUAAAUGUCAGGAAUUGUGAAAAACUGAGUUUAAAUGUUUUUGGCUAAGGUGUAUGUAAACUUCCGACUUCAACUGUAUAUAUAUAUAUAUAUAUAUAUAUAUAUAUAUAUAUAUAUAUAUAUAUAUAUAUAUAUAUGUGUGUAUGUACUUUUUUUGGGGACAUGAAAGACUGUACAAAAACCAGGAAAUCAACUCCAAGUGAUUUUAUUUUUGGAAAUCAGUUCCUAAGUAUUCCCUAUAGAGAGACACGUGGUCGUAUACAAAUGUAAUCAUUUAUAAUUAUUAUAUUUUAGUCAAAUAUUAUAUCUGUUUGGGCUUCUUGCGGUCAAUUUGCAAUUUCCAAAUUAUUUGUAAUCAUGCUCCGGCCCCCCAACCAUCUGUAAAGAAAAAAUAGGACCAUGGCUGAAUCUAGUUGAUGAUCACUGCAAUAUGGAAUGUGGGUGGGACCAUACGUUGACUUGACCAAUAGAAGGCAGAGUUUUCUCAGUCUGUUCAGAGCCAUUGCAUUAUCAAAUGUCACUCACACACAACCCAGUUUUCUUGUCCCCAAAACUGCACCAAUAAACAAGAGUAGUGGAUGCAACAUUGCCAUGUUUUUGUGUAGGUUAUGGUAGGCUUCUGCUCAAUUUGAUUAGAAGACAGAGUGGCAACAGCCAAGAGAAGAGUGCCAUUUAGGAUCCAAUGGGCUGUCGUAAAAAAUUCUGAAAAUUGAUGUGUAUGUGUUGACAGUGUGUGUGUGAGUGUGAUGUUUACAGGCAGUAAUUAUAUCGCAGGGCUUUUAUGCAUGUGUAAUGACUGUGACACACACUGUCUCCAUUCUUUGUCAAUGUACCCUGAAAAUGCAAUGUUGUCUCUAGCAUGCAUUCGAGCUAUAAAGAAUGAAAAAUAUAGACUUUAGGAUGGAGAGCUGCACAUCCAUUCUCAGUGGCUUCUAUGGUCUUCCAAUUAAGAGUGUCAUUCUCAGAGUGAAGCCUACUAAAGUAUAUUACGAUUACCUCUACAUGCACAUUACAUUUUAGUCACUAAGCAGAUACUCUUAUCACACAGAGCGACAAUACAAGCAUUCAAAUAAGCAGGCUGAAACAACCACACAACACAAGCAUCCACCAAUCACAGCAUACGGUGCAAUGAAAUAAAGUACUACAGCAACACAUAGCAACACAUGUGUAUAUAUAUAUCUAUAUGUAUAUGUAUGUGUAUGUAUAUAUAUAUAUAUAUAUAUAUAUAUAUAUAUAUAUAUAUAUAUAUAGAGUGGGGAAAAAAAGUAUUUAGUCAGCCACGAAUUGUGCAAGUUCUCCCACUUAAAAAGAUGAGAGAGGCCUGUAAUUUUCAUCAUAGGUACACGUCAACUAUGACAGACAAAUUGAGAAAAAGAAAUCCAGAAAGUCACAUUGUAGGAUUUUUAAUGAAUUUAUUUGCAAAUUAUGGUGGAAAAUAAGUAUUUGGUCACCUACAAACAAGCAAGAUUUCUGGCUCUCACAGACCUGUAACUUCUUCUUUAAGAGGCUCCUCUGUCCUCCACUCGUUACCUGUAUUAAUGGCACCUGUUUGAACUUGUUAUCAGUAUAAAAGACACCUGUCCACAACCUCAAACAGUCACACUCCAAACUCCACUAUGGCCAAGACCAAAGAGCUGUCAAAGGACACCAGAAACAAAAUUGUAGACCUGCACCAGGCUGGGAAGACUGACUCUGCAAUAGGUAAGCAGCUUGGUUUGAAGAAAUCAACUGUGGGAGCAAUUAUUAGGAAAUGGAAGACAUACAAGACCACUGAUAAUCUCCCUCGAUCUGGGGCUCCACGCAAGAUCUCACCCCGUGGGGUCAAAAUGAUCACAAGAACGGUGAGCAAAAAUCCCAGAACCACACGGGGGGACUUAGUGAAUGACCUGCAGAGAGCUGGGACCAAAGUAACAAAGCCUACCAUCAGUAACACACUACGCCGCCAGGGACUCAAAUCCUGCAGUGGCAGACGUGUCCCCCUGCUUAAGCCAGUACAUGUCCAGGCCCGUCUGAAGUUUGCUAGAGUGCAUUUGGAUGAUCCAGAAGAUGAUUGGGAGAAUGUCAUAUGGUCAGAUGAAACCAAAAUAUAACUUUUUGGUAAAAACUCAACUCGUCGUGUUUGGAGGACAAAGAAUGCUGAGUUGCAUCCAAAGAACACCAUACCUACUGUGAAGCAUGGGGGUGGAAACAUCAUGCUUUGGGGCUGUUUUUCUGCAAAGGGACCAGGACGACUGAUCCGUGUAAAGGAAAGAAUGAAUGGGGCCAUGUAUCGUGAGAUUUUGAGUGAAAACCUCCUUCCAUCAGCAAGGGCAUUGAAGAGGAAACGUGGCUGGGUCUUUCAGCAUGACAAUGAUCCCAAACACACCGCCCGGGCAACGAAGGAGUGGCUUCGUAAGAAGCAUUUCAAGGUCCUGGAGUGGCCUAGCCAGUCUCCAGAUCUCAACCCCAUAGAAAAUCUUUGGAGGGAGUUGAAAGUCUGUGUUGCCCAGCGACAGCCCCAAAACAUCACUGCUCUAGAGGAGAUUUGCAUGGAGGAAUGGGCCAAAAUACCAGCAACAGUGUGUGAAAACCUUGUGAAGACUUACAGAAAACGUUUGACCUGUGUCAUUGCCAACAAAGGGUAUAUAACAAAGUAUUGAGAAACUUUUGUUAUUGACCAAAUACUUAUUUUCCACCAUAAUUUGCAAAUAAAUUCAUAAAAAAUCCUACUAUGUGAUUUUCUGGAUUUCUUUUCCUCAUUUUGUCUGUCAUAGUUGACGUGUACCUAUGAUGAAAAUUACAGGCCUCUCUCAUCUUUUUAAGUGGGAGAACAUGCACAAUUGGUGGCUGACUAAAUACUUUAUUUCCCCACUGUAUAUAUAUAUAUAAAGAACAUGGGGGAUUGGAAGUGAUGCAGACAAUUACAUUGAUGGAAGUUACAAUCUAUCUGCAAUAUUAAGCUGAUCUACCACCCCCCCCCCCAAAAAAAGAAAGCAAAACAACAACAACAAACAAACAAAACAAAAAAACACAUAGUAACACAAAGGAGGAGCAAUAAGAUAAAGCAGAACACAUGAUAGGUCCAAUGAUUCCAUUAUCAGUUACAGAAGGGGCUCUUUCCUCCUUUGCUCUGAGCUUUCAUUACAGUCCCCUCAGGUGUGACAGCCAGGCGUUGGGAACAGUGAUCUGCCAUGAUUGGGUAAGUGUUUUGGAGUCAAUACAACUCCAGGAGGGAGCCUUUCAGCUGACACUGAUAUAAUUCAGCCCUGCGUGUGUUUGUGUGUGGUGUCAGCAUGCAGGUGUGUGUGUGUGUGUCCUCCCCUGCGUGUGUUUAUUUGUGUGUGUGUGUGUGUGUGUGUGCAUGUUUGUGUGUGUCUCACCUUGCAGUGCCAGUCGAGGUACUGAUUAUUACUGCCAUAAAGAACCUCAGUGUUAUUCUCCCGUCGGCCAUUAUCUUAUCCCAGAUUAUCUCCCCAUCAGCCCACAGAAGCCAUAUCCCCCACAAUCCCCCUGUGACAAGAGCCCACUGCCAAUCACAUUAAUUACAUUUUCCCAUUAUCUUCCCCAGUAGAGAAGCCGGGACGGGUAGCUUUCCCCAAAUUAAAUGGAUUGGAAAGGAAAGGUUAGAUGACUAACACCCAAAGUUAUGUAAUCACUGACCUUGUGUUUGUCCAAACUGGUCUUUCUGAUAUUGAACUUUUACUUUAGCUCUUCUAACAUAAAUCUAAUCUAAUCAAAUCUAAUUUUAUUUGUCACAAGUGCCGAAUACAACAGGUGUAGACUUUAUAGAGUAAUGCGUACUUACGAGACCUUUCCCAACAAUGCAGUGUUAAAAAUAGUUUUAAAAUGUGCUAAUAAAAAUAUAAAAUAGUAACACAAUAAACAACAAUAAUGAGGAUAUAUAGAAGGAGUACCGGUACCGAGUCAAUGUGCAGGGGUAGUUUUGGUCAUAUUUACAUGUAGGUAGGGGAAAAGUGAUAGAUAAUAAACAGAGUAGCAGCAGUGUAUGUGGAGAGUGUGAAAGUGUGUGUUUUGUGUGUGUGAGCGUAUGUAGUGUGUGUAUGUGUGUGCUGGAUUGUCAGUGUAAGCAUGUGUGAGUGUGUGGGUAGAGUCCUGUGAGUGUGCAUAGAAUCAGUGUAAGAGAGUCAGUGCAAAAAAGGGUCAAUACAAUUGUCCGGGUAGCCAUUUCAUUAACUGUUCAGCAGUCUUAUGGCUUGGGGGUAGAAGCUGUUCAGGAGCCUUUUGGUCCCAGACAUGUUGCUCCGGUACCGUUUGCUGUGUGGUAGCAGAGAGAACAGUCUAUGGCUUGGGUGGCUGGGGUCUUUCACAAUUUUCCGGCCCUUCCUCUGACACCGCCUGGUACUGGGCCGUCCGCAUCACCCUCUGUAGCGCCUUGCAAUCGAGUGCGGCGCAGUUGCCAUACCAAGCGGUGAUGCAGCCAGUCAAUAUGCUCUCAAUGGUGCAGCUGUAGAACGUUUUGAGGAUCUGAGGGGCCAUGCCAAAUCCUUUCAUCCUCCUGAGGAGGAAGGGGUGUGAGAGGACCAUGUUAAGUCCUUGUUGAUGUUGACACAGAGGAACUUGAAGCUCUAGAGUCUAGACCAAAGAUCACUCACUGUCAGUGUGACACUCCAAAGACUUCCACUCAUCUCACCCCUCUCUCUCUCUCUCUCUCUGAAAUACCCUUGUAGCUUUUGGGUUUUGGACAGGAGACAGAUGAACAGAUGGUAUCAGCUAGUUCUAUUUCUCUGUUUCUCUCAUGCUUCUUUCUGUCCUCUCAGCCACAAACCUGUCUGCAUAUAAAACACCUGCCCUCUCUCUCUCUCCCUUUCUCUCUCUCUCUUUCCUCUCUAUCUCAUCCUGACCUCCCUCUCUCCUCUCUCUAACCCCCCCUCUAUACUAUACCCUCCCUCUCGCUAUCUCUCUCUAUAUUACCUUUAGAUCUAUCCUCGCUCUGCCUCGUAUCUCGAUAACCUCACCUCUCUCUCCGCUCUAUCUCUCGCUCUCUGUCUCUCUCUCUCUGCCUCUCUCUCUGUCUCUCUCCGUCUCUCUCUCCGUCUCUCUCUCCGUCUCUCUCUCUGUCUCUCUGUCUCUCUCUGUCUCUCUCUCUCUCCUCUCUCUCUCUCUCUCUCUCUCUCUCUUUCUCUCUCUCUCUCACACACACACACACACACAUAUUUUCUUUCCUCUUAAGUUGAAGAAACACCAUAACCUUGAGGCAAAUCCCCAUGAAAUGAAAAAUGACACAGCCAGCUAUUAAUCUUUUGGACAAUCUUUUGAAACAUCCCAUAAAGGUGGAACUACACUGUGACAAUAUGGGCAUGCUGAUCUGAAGCUGAUCUUCAGAUGUUAGAUUGCAGUCAGUUGAGCUUGGAACUGAUAAUCACAAUGAUCAGAUAAAGACAAGGACUGUUCACAGAUCAGGGCUUACAUGUAUCUAUAUAAGGGAGAUAUAGUAAAGAGACAUACAUAGGGAUGAUCAUGUUUAGAUUGUUGAGAGGGGAAUAUUUCUCUGUCAGUCAAUACAUUCCUCGCCCACUCACUGUUGCUGCGUACCUCCCUUUCCUACAUAGGUAAAUAAAGGAUGAAUCACCAGCCCUUCCAAACACAUGAAAGCAAAAAGGAGAGGUAAACAAAUCCUCUUUUUCGACUGUGUCACAUGGAGAUUUGGUUUCUGUUUCAAUUAAUCACGCGCCAUCAUUAUCAUUUGAAAGGGAGGGAAAGAAGCAAAUGCAUUUGUCUCAAAGGGGGCACAUUUAAUCCAAUUGAAAUUGAUGGCACUAUUCGGGCUGAUUAAAUUACCUUGGAAUCUGCGUUAUCUUUUCAUCCCCACAAAGCUACAAAGUAUCGCAGGUGAAGUAAGUGCCACAUCUAAUAGAUAUUGAUUGGAUUCGCUUUAUUAGUUUCUAUUUGCAGAUGAGAUGAAACUGUUGUCUCUGAGGGCAUCUUUCACAGCAGGAGAAAACCAUGAUGGUGGCAUAGAGGAAGUGUAG